CUGGCUGAGAGGCCCCUGGCGGCAGCGCAGUUUCGGUGGACGGCAUGAGUUUGGCUGUGGGCCGAGCCCCCCGGAAGACCGCCGGGAACCGGCUUUCUGGGCUCCUGGAAGCCGAGGAGGAAGAUGAGUUCUACCAGACGACUUAUGGGGGUUUCACAGAGGAAUCAGGAGAUGAUGAGUAUCAAGGGGACCAGUCAGACACAGAGGAUGAGGUAGACUCUGACUUUGAUAUCGAUGAAGGGGAUGAACCAUCCAGUGAUGGAGAAACAGAAGAGCCAAGAAGGAAACGCCGAAUAGUCACCAAGGCCUAUAAGGAGCCUCUCAAGAGUCUGAGACCUCGAAAGGUCAGCACCCCAGCUGGUAGCUCUCAGAAGACCCGAGAAGAGAAAGCAUUGCUGCCACUAGAACUACAGGAUGAUGGUUCUGACAGUCGGAAGUCCAUGCGUCAGUCUACAGCUGAGCAUACACGACAAACAUUUCUUCGGGUACAGGAAAGGCAGGGCCAGUCACGGCGGCGAAAGGGACCCCACUAUGAGCGACCGCUGACUCAAGAGGAACUGCUUAGGGAGGCCAAAAUCACAGAGGAGCUUAACCUCCGUUCACUGGAGACAUAUGAGCGGCUUGAGGCUGACAAAAAGAAACAGGUUCACAAGAAACGGAAGUGCCCUGGGCCCAUAAUCACCUACCAUUCCGUGACAGUGCCACUUGUUGGGGAGCCAGGUCCUAAGGAAGAGAACGUCGAUGUAGAAGGACUUGAUCCUGCUCCCACGGCUUCUGCAUUGACUCCCCAUGCUGGAACUGGACCAGUCAUCCCCCCUCCCCGCUGCUCACGUACCUUCAUCACAUUUAGUGAUGAUGCAACAUUCGAGGAAUGGUUCCCCCAGGGUCGGCCUCCAAAAGUCCCUGUUCGGGAAGUCUGCCCAGUAACUCAUCGCCCAGCCUUAUACAGGGACCCUGUUACAGACAUACCCUAUGCUACUGCUCGAGCUUUCAAGAUCAUUCGUGAGGCCUACAAGAAAUACAUUACUGCCCACGGACUGCCACCAACGGCCUCAGCUCUUGGCCCUGGCCCACCACUUCCUGAGCCCCUCCCUGGCCCUGGGCCCCGAGCCUUGCGUCAAAAAAUUGUUAUCAAAUGAAGAUGUCUACUCCUUAGAAACCUUUAUACUAUUCCGUCUUGGGUCUCUCAACGUUCCCCCUCCUCUCUCUGCUUCUCUCUAUCCUCUCUGAUAUUUCUUUCCCCAACCCGUUUUUCUUUCCCCUUAGUUCCUGCUGGUUUGAUGUUUUUUUAAUCUAAUAAAAUUGAUGAUCC